AUGUCAGGAACGAAGAUUUGGCUUAGGGCCGAAACUAAGCCUGCAGAGGCGCGGUCAGCUCUUACUCCUACCACGACAAAGGCUCUUUUGGAUGCAGGAUACGAUGUUACAGUAGAGCGAUCAAGCCAAAGCAUCUUUGAUGAUGAGGAAUACGCUGCCGUCGGCGCCCGUCUUGUUCCUGAGGGGUCAUGGGUGAAGGAUGCGCCUAAGGAUGCAUAUAUUUUGGGCCUGAAGGAACUUCCCGAGGAUGACUUUCCAUUGGAACAUGUGCACAUUUCUUUUGCCCAUUGCUAUAAGAAGCAGGCUGGCUGGGAGAAGGUUUUGAGCCGGUGGCCACGUGGAGGCGGUACCUUGCUUGAUCUUGAAUUCUUGACGGACGAUACUGGCCGACGAGUUGCUGCAUUUGGAUAUUCCGCUGGAUAUGCUGGAUCUGCUUUGGCGAUUAAGACGUGGGCUUGGCAGUUGACGCACGGAAAGGAUGAGCCGCUUCCUGGAGAGAAGCCCUAUGCCAACGAGGGCUUGCUCAUCGAGUCUGUAAAGGAGGUGCUUGAAGCUGGAAAGAAGAAGGCUGGACGGUCUCCGAAGGUGCUUGUCAUUGGAGCUCUUGGAAGAUGCGGUAAUGGCGCCGUCCAGUUCGCAAAGGAUGUCGGUAUUCCUGAUGCAGAUAUCAUCAAGUGGGACAUGGCAGAGACAAAGAAAGGUGGUCCUUUUAAGGAGAUUGUCGAAGAUGCCGACAUUUUCAUCAACUGCAUUUACCUCUCGGCAAAGAUUCCGCCUUUCGUCAACGCAGAGAGCCUUUCCUCUCCCAAGCGUACUCUAUCUGUGGUGUGCGAUGUCAGCGCUGAUACAACCAACCCAAACAACCCUAUUCCUAUCUACGACAUCACUACCGUCUUCGACAAGCCUACAGUGCCUGUCAAUAUCCCCCUUGGCAAUCCCGACCUCCCAUUGAGCGUCAUCAGCAUUGACCACUUGCCGUCGCUGCUUCCGCGUGAGAGUUCUGAGAUGUUCAGCACGGCCCUGUUGCCCAGUCUACUGCAGCUUAAGGAUAGAUCGAAUGCGCGCGUGUGGAGGCAAGCAGAAGACCUGUUUAAGCACCAUGUUUCCACCCUCCCAUAG